AUGGGAUCCAAAUUUUCAAGUCCUAUUGGUAGUCUCAGAAGCCUGGAAGACCAGGUUCAAUCCAUGCUUGGAAAAUCAUUAAGUUUCAAAGAUGUGAGCGUUAAGACAAUGUUGCAGUCUCUCAGUUUCAAAAGGGUCGCUUCAGAUCAAGGAGUUGAACCAAAAGGUCUUGAAGAAUCUUCAAGCUUUGUUGAAACAGAAAGAUGUAUGAAACUGAGGAACGAUAACAUCCACGAAAAGCCAGUUUCGAACUUCGCCGAGCACGGAGGACGGCAAUACCAGGCUGCAUUGAAGUUGCAGAAGGUUUACAAGAGCUUCCGGACCAGGAGGCAACUAGCAGAUUGUGCAGUUGUUGCUGAGCAGAGAUGGUGGAAGUUGUUAGAUUUUGCUGAACUUAAGAGAAGCUCUAUAUCCUUCUUCGAAAUCGAAAAACAGGAGACCGCCAUUUCACGAUGGUCUAGAGCAAGAACAAGAGCAGCCAAAGUGGGAAAAGGAUUGUCUAAAGAUGAAAAAGCUCGAAAGCUUGCUCUGCAGCAUUGGCUUGAGGCGAUUGAUCCUAGGCAUCGUUAUGGUCAUAAUCUCCAAUUUUACUAUGCCACAUGGCUUCACUGUGAAAGUCAACAGCCUUUUUUCUAUUGGCUUGAUAUCGGAGACGGGAGAGAAGUCAUUCUUGAAAAGUGCCCUCGAUCGAAGCUUCAACAGCAAUGCAUCAAAUAUCUUGGUCCUGCGGAAAGGGAUUCUUUCGAAGUAGUAAUAAGGAACGGGAAGUUCGUUUACAAGCAGAGCGAGCAAGUUCUGGAUACCACAGGAGGACCGACAGAUACUAAGUGGAUUUUUGUUCUUAGUGCGUUUAAGACUUUGUAUGUAGGAAUGAAGAAGAAAGGCACGUUUCAGCAUUCGAGUUUUCUAGCCGGUGGAGCGACGUUGUCCGCCGGAAGAUUAGUCAUUGAAAACGGUGUUUUGAAGGCGAUCUGGCCUCACAGUGGACACUAUCUCCCAACAGAAGAGAAUUUCCAAGAGUUCAUCUCAUUUCUUCAAGAGCACCAUGUUGACCUCACAAAUGUGAAGCAAAGCCCCUGUGAAGAUGACGAAGCCUUUAGCAUAAAGAGUAAUAUCGUUCAUGGCAACGAACCAGAAAAUGAAGGCUCGAAGCACAUUGAGACAACGAAUAAUGAAAACUCAACUGAAGCCAACACUGAUUCGAAAGAGCAAGAUUGCGAUGCUACCCAAAAUGCCAUUAAAUCCAUGUCAAGAUGGUCUCGAGGAUUACUCUCGAAAAUAAGAGGACUCGAAAUACCAGCAAGAGAUGAUGUGGUCAACGUCUCCAAGACCGAAACAUCCGCGGCGCAAGGCGGACGUGAAGCAACGGAUUGUGGCUACGAAUCAUCGGAUGAAUGUUUAUCCGAAGAGGAAUUUCUCUGCACUAAGACCAAUUUGCUCGGUGAAGAUGAUGAACAGGAGGAAGAUGAGAAGCCUAUUCCAAAGGAAAAAAUAAUGAGAAGGAUAGACUCUCAUAAAGAACCAAAGUCGUAUCAACUAGCUGAUCAGUUAUCAUCCAAGUGGUCGUCUGGUGCGGGGCCGCGCAUUAGCUGCAUGAGGGAUUAUCCUUCCGAGCUUCAGUACCGGGUCUUAGAGAAAGCACACUAUUUCCCAAGGCCAAGAAGUUCGACUCCAGCGACAUUGUUACGUAACCAAACAAGUUCAUUUAGAAUGAGUUCACUUGCACCCGACCCCAAAGCAAGGGAAAAAAGCAAAAGCAUAGGCUGCUUUGAAACAGAACUGUGAUUUUGGUUAUGGUUCUACUUUUUCUGCUGUUUUUGAGACUCUUUAUACGUUCUUUUUCUUUUUCAAAUGGUGAAAAAUGGAAAAGAUAAAUUGGAAGGGCUAUUAGAUUUGUCAGUUUAGAUAACAUCAAGUUCCUUUCUCAGUUGUAAUCAACAGAUUUGUAAAUCCUACUUAGAUGAGAUGA